AGUUGGAAGCUUCCAGUGUUGUUGAGAACAUACCAGUCUGGUUUGUCUCUUCUAGAUAAUAUUAUUUAUUGUUGAGUUAUUAUUGUCACAGCGCUCUUACCAGAUCCAAGAUGGAGUCAGCUACCGAACAGAUCAGCCAGGAAUUGGGUCUUCAGAGGCUUUGGGGCAGGAGGCUCACCUCCAGCAAUCUGGAAGAUGAGGAACUUACCGUACUUCUGGACGACAGGGAAGUCUUCUCAAAUGCGAAGGUUGAUGAAUUUGAAACAGUCAACUCUAAAAGUCGCUCGAGCAGCCCAACUCCGUUAUGUUUCACUAGUGAAUGCUCUGUCCAGGAUGUAUACACACCAUUGCCUGCUAAGAUACCGAGCACCUGUGCCCAGGAGGCCCUCAGGCCCCUCGAAUUGGAUGGGGGCCAGAUUGGUGACAUUCCCGCCAGGUACCAAGUAUUCAACUUGAAGAAGCAUGAAUUCCCUGCCAUUGGAGUCUAUGUUGACCCAAGAAUUGUACCUGGAUAUAAAUACAGAGUGCGCCCUAUUCAAGAAAAGGGCAUCAAGGACAGAUGGCUGUUCAAGGGUGAAGCCCUUGAGCUGCAAAGCAUUGGGCGAGGAUACAGCAGGAGGCUAACCUUUGCUCCCGGUAAAGGGAACCUCAACUCUAAUCCCAACUACUUCUGGGCCGACUCGUCCGAAAUGGGUUUCGCCUUUGAACUGGAAUUGGUAUCCACUGGGGACAAGUUCACUGUCUAUAACGCCUAUCAGGUUCCAGUCGGCACGCUAGAAUUUCUAAAGAACCAGAUGCCUCAAGAAGAGGUAGGCCAUAGGAUUUUGAGUGAUGGUUCUGUGGAGAAAACAGCACGUGUUAAGUCCUUCUGCAAAGUGGAAUGGUACGAAGAGGAGUCAGAACUGAUAGUAGCUAUGAGUGGCAUCGCUGUUAGCGUGAAAAAUAAGCGAGAUGGAAAGGUGAAGACGAAGAUGAUUGGUGUCACCGUUGGCAGUCACCCAAGAAGAUGCUAUUCUCUCACCCCUGGAAUAAACACCAGGCUCAGGCAUACCGUUGUAAAAGGAAACAACAUUGGUGAUGUCCCAACUUCCUACAACAUCAUCGGUCUUGAGACCUAUGAGCUCCCAGUUAUUGGUACUUACAUCGAUCCAAGAAUAGUCCCUGGUUUCCAUUACAGGGUGAGGCCCGCAGCUGGAAAAAGGCGUCCAUUUUUUGGUGGCCGGCCUCUAGAAUUGAAAUCCAUCGGAAUGGGAUAUGGAAAGAGAUUAGUCUUUGAAUCAAAUAGUUUAAAUAAUCCCGAUAACUUCAUGUGGUCCGACUCGCACCCAGAUGGGCUUGGAUUCGAGCCAUCUGCUGUCAGGGCAGGCAUGAGUUUCGAAGUACUUGCUGGCCAGCUGAGGUUGGGCGAAGCUGUCGUCUUCAGGGCAGAUGCUCCCCAAUAUGAAAAGAAGCAAGAAGUGUAUGAGAAGAAUGGCAAAAAAGGAAUUGUUAAAGAAGUUCACGUAGACCUAACCUGCCAGGUGUCCCUUGAUACAACAGGUUCAGAGAAAGAAGUGGAACCUCACACAAUGCGAGUUUCAGGGACCGCAAUCUUAGCUAAAGAACCAGGCCAAAGUAGGGCGAAACUCCUCCGAGUUGAGAACAUUGGUCUGGACUCGCAGUUGAACAUCCUUUUUGCUACUCAAUGGGAUCAGCUCGUCUUCAUCCCUCUAUAAAAAUAAUUUAUUUUCUCCAUUUGAACUCUCAUUUUGUAAGAUAUAUUUUUAGUUAGGAGAGAUUUAUUGAACUCGUGUACUGUAAAAUUUUUAAUUAUUUUAAAAAUCGAUUAAGACUUUUUUCUAUGUGCAAAACGUGAUAUAUAUUUUAUGAAAUAGUAUUAUAGUUUAUGAUGUGAUAAACUAUUUAAAGCGAAUAGCCUAUGUAUUUAUUUUUGUUAAUUAAUAAAAUUGUUAAGCUUUUAUGUAAAACUUGUUUAUCCCUGAAUCUUUACAGAAUUCUUUACUGCAUUUAAAUUAUAUUAUUUAUCAAAUACAAAUAAAUAUAUAUAUACGCUGAGAUAUACCUUGUACCUUCAGGAACACAAGAAAAGAAAAAAGGAUUGAACUAAUCAGAAAGAGCUAUUAAUUAGUUGCCCCAGCGCCUGUGUACAUUCAUGUAUUAAACAAGGUGUUGCAUUCCAAAACCAAUUAGUCUAUAAUCUAAUUUUCAUUACUUUAUUUUGCCGUUUUUGUAUGAGAUCAAGAGUUGAUAGGAUUUAGGUAAAAAUCCACAGUCAUAAAAAAAAAACUGGAAAAUAGAUGUGCUGUUUUUGGAAUACACCGCUUUAUAUACUGAAUACAAGUUUAGUUGUAUAUUGAAUUUCAUUUGAGCAAAAAUAUAACAACUUAUAAUUUAUGAUAAAAUAAAGGAUGUUGAAAAUAA